GUCGACAUCUUCUUGUCGUUAGCGAUGUCGAGCAGCCGCGCCUCCUCCCCGCGCGCGAAAACGCGGGCGUCAAAGAAAACGGCUGCACACGGAAGUGGCCCACCCAAGCUCAACCUAAACGUGCAGGACCGGCGGCACAAGACGCGACUCGAGAACGAAACACAGCGGCGCAAGGACCAGCUGCUAGGGCUGACCACCUACGACGUCGCUGCGCACCUGCACCGCUACACCGCUGAACCGAAUGUGGUGAUGGACGAGAGCAGGGAGGGGUGCGCGUCAUCACCCAUGACGAAGCAAGACAAAUCUCCCACCGGCACGAGCACUUCCCCCGUAGGUGCCGGCGCGACGGGGAUUCUGCGAGCAUCAAUGGGUGGGGAAAGCGACGUCAACACGCGUUGGCAGUCGCAAUACGCCCAGCGCAUGCAGCGCAAAAGAAACACCGCGGAACUCGCACAAAGUCUGACGUCCUCCUCCCCUUCGGCCUCUCCGCGGCUUCGAACUGGGGACAGGAGCGCCAACGACGAUGAGGACGAAAAGGCACUGCCGCCCCCGCCCAACUCCUAUGAAGAGUGGAUAGCCGCCGGCUGCCCAACUGGGUCGUGGGCGGCGCUGCUGCAGGAUGAGGUGUACGCGCCGGCGGCAGCGGAGAAGGCGCUUCUGGAGGCAAAAUACGACCCGAAAGGACGAGUCCAACCGCAGCUGUCGUGA